CAAGCCAAAGCGGCGGAGGGAUCCCGGCGUGCGGGUGCUGCGGCCGGGGCCGGGUGAAUGGGAUUGAAGAAGAGUUCAGCUUCUCGGCUUGUUUUUGUGUCACAGUUUCUCUCCUCCUGCGCCUCUUGGGCUCCGGCCUUCCCUCCCUGCCCGUCCCCUCUUCCCCGCUGCAGGAGGAGGCCCCCGGGGAGAGGGGAAGGAAAAGCACCCCUCAGAGGAGAGAGAAGAGGAGGAAAGCAGCCUCAGCAAGAGCAGGAGCAGGAGGAGGAGGAGGAGGAGGAAAAGGGAGCAACCAGCCAACCAACCAUCUUCCACUCCCAGCUUAGAUUAAAGAAAGUGAGAGGAGGAGGAGGAGGAGGAGAGAAGAGGAGGAGGCCCGAAGCAGAAGCAGCAGCAGCAGCCGCACCACCUUCUUCUCCUUCUCCUCCUUAUGAAGAAGAGGACUACUUCUUCCCCUCACAGAGAGAGAGAGAGAGAGAGAGAGGUCCUGCCAAGAGGACAUCAGCAGCAUCACCAGCAGGGUCUAGAGAGCUGAAGAAAAUACUUGUUUCCUAAAAGUGCUGUUGUUGAAAGAAGAGAAGAUUUCCUUUGCUCUGAAGCAAGUGUCUGAAGGUGGUGGCGAUUUAGUAACCUGGAUAGUUUAAGAAAGUGGAGAAGUUAGAGAAUGGAGUUGCAGACUCUACAGGAGGCUCUGAAAGUGGAAAUUCAGGUUCACCAGAAACUGGUUGCCCAAAUGAAGCAAGAUCCACAGAAUGCUGAUUUGAAGAAGCAGCUUCAUGAACUUCAAGCCAAAAUCACAGCUUUGAGUGAGAAACAGAAAAGAGUGGUUGAACAGCUACGGAAGAAUUUGAUGGUAAAGCAGGAACAGCCAGACAGCAAGUUUCAAAUACAGCCAUUGGCACAGUCAGAAAAUAAAAUACAGACGCCACAGCCACUACAGCAGCAGCAGCAACAGACCACUGCACCCUCUCCAAACUUGCUUGGAUCACAGAAGACUGUAACUACAGCUUCUAUGAUCACCACUAAGACACUACCUCUUGUACUGAAAGCAGCAACAGCAACCAUGCCUGCCUCUGUUGUGGGUCAAAGACCUACAAUUGCCAUGGUGACUGCCAUCAAUAGCAGCCAGAAAACUGUCCUUAGCACUGAUGCACAGAACACGCCAGUCAACCUCCAGACCACAAAUAAAGUCGCUGGUCCAGGAACAGAGGCAGUCCAAAUAGUGGCAAAAAAUACAGUCACAUUGCAGGUUCAAGCUACGCCUCCUCAGCCCAUCAAAGUGCCACAGUUCAUCCCUCCUCCUAGACUCACACCUCGUCCAAAUUUCCUUCCACAGGUUCGACCCAAGCCAGUUGCCCAAAACAACAUCCCUAUAGCCCCAGCCCCACCACCUCCGAUGCUUGCUGCUCCUCAACUUCUUCAAAGGCCUGUGAUGCUGACAACAAAAUUCACACCCACCUCCUUACCCUCCUCACAGAAUUCUAUACACCCGGUCCGUGUUGUCAACGGGCAAACAGCAACCAUAGCCAAAACGUUUCCAAUGGCACAACUCACCAGCAUUGUUAUAGCAGCCCCGGGUACCAGGCUUGCUGGACCUCAGACUCUACAGAUCAGUAAACCAAAUGUUGAAAAACAGACUAUCAAGCCCCAAGCAGAAACAGAAGAAAAGCCAACAGAGAUUCACACAGUUAUGCCUCCUGCACCACUGAAGCCAAAACGAGAAGAAAACCCACAGAAACUUGCCUUUAUGGUAUCUCUUGGAUUAGUUACACAUGACCAUCUAGAAGAAAUACAAAGCAAGAGACAAGAGAGGAAACGAAGAACAACAGCAAAUCCAGUGUACAGUGGAGCAGUUUUUGAGCCCGAGCGCAAGAAGAGUGCAGUCACAUAUCUGAACAGCACAAUGCAUCCUGGUACACGUAAACGAGGUCGUCCACCUAAAUACAACACGGUGCUGGGGUUUGGGGCUCUGACCCCCACAUCCCCUCUGUCCAGUCAUCCUGACUCCCCUGAAAAUGAAAAGACAGAGACCACAUUUACUUUCCCCGCAACUGUUCAGCCUGUGUCUUUGCCCAGUCCCAGCUCCACAGACGGUGAUAUCCAUGAAGAUUUCUGCAGUGUUUGCAGGAAAAGUGGCCAGUUGCUGAUGUGUGACACAUGCUCACGCGUAUAUCACUUGGACUGUUUGGAUCCUCCUCUGAAAACGAUUCCCAAGGGCAUGUGGAUCUGUCCCAAAUGUCAAGACCAGAUGCUAAAGAAAGAAGAAGCAAUUCCAUGGCCAGGGACUUUAGCAAUUGUGCAUUCAUACAUUGCAUACAAAACUGCAAAAGAAGAAGAAAAACAGAAAUUGCUGAAAUGGAGUUCAGAUUUAAAACAAGAAAGGGAACAGCUAGAACAGAAAGUCAAACAGCUCAGCAACUCUAUAACAAAAUGUAUGGAGAUGAAGAACACCAUCCUGGCAAGACAGAAAGAAAUGCACAGUUCGUUGGAGAAGGUAAAACAGUUAAUCCGCCUCAUCCAGGGCAUCAGUCUUUCAAAGCCCAUGAACUCGGAGGCCAGCUCACUAGCCAUUUCCAAUGGCAUGGACACAACCAAUAAUGCGAAUACCGCUGCCGCCUCCAACCCAGCCUCCUCCCCCAACCAGAGCUGCAUGGUGAACUGUAACAACGGGAGUGAGACUAAAUAACAGAGCACAGGAAGAAGGAGCUGGGGGAGACGGCAGCAGCAGCAAGGAGGAAGAGCGAACCAAUGAAACUCUCUUGAACAGCGCAGCCAGAUUUCUUCUGGAAAGUGCAGAACUCUUGGGUUCCAGAACGAACGUGAAGAUGCUUGUGCCAGGCGGCACCAGAGUUGCCAAUGGAUCCUUCUUAUUCUGUGUGUACAUGCAAAGUUUGGACCAUGUUACAUGAAUAGUGCCAGCUGGAGGUUCUUAGCCAGCACCAUGCCAAGUUAAAUAAUAUAUUUACUCUCUCUAUAUUUUACACCAGUGUGUGCCUGCAGCAGCCUCCACAGCCACUAUAGGUUUGUUUUAUUUUUAUUUGGGGGUGGGGAGCAGGGAGGAGGAGCAGGUUUCAAAUCUUAUCUGCAGACCAGUUUGAUUAGUUAGAGGAAAUUCAAAGUCCAAAGAGCCUGUGGGCUUUUCCUGUUUCUAAAUUCUCUAUACUUAACUAAACCAAAAAUCCAGAAAUAUAAAUUAACACAUCCUAGUGUCAGAAGGGGUGGGGUAGGGGGGAACAAAGCCUAUCUAAUAAACAGUAUUUACUAUUUUUUUCUUUUGGCAGAAAGUAAAAAAAAAAUGAAUGAGGGAGGGACUUUUCACUACAUAUCUAGCAGGAUACAGAAAGCUGUUACUAAACUGGGGUUAUUUUCUGGGUUACCUCCGCCCCUCCUGUCUUCAAAUUGACAAAUAUAUUGUUGAUUAUGUCCCCAGGCUGAUCCCAGGUAGUUUUUCCUAAGGAGAAUAGAGAGGGAGCGGGGACUGAUACAAUCAGCCUGAAUUUUUGAGAAGCGGGUCAAGACUGGAAAUUCCAACAUUCUUCUUUCUCUUUUAUUCAUACAUUUGUCAAGCAAAACCAACAUCCCAAACAGUACAGCACAUGUCCCAAAUGUAUUGCCCAAAUAGUUAAAAUGCCUGUUUCAUUUCUUACCUUUCUCUUUUGGUUACAAAUGUAAGGAAUAGAAAAACUCUUUUUCAGGCUGACAGUCCAAUUAAAGAGGUAGAUGGGACCUUGCAUGGUAUAGAUUAGAAGUAAUAGUGUCAGUGAGAUACAGUGAGUCUUUGUGAGUCCGUGUGUCAUCGUUUUGGGCACUGUUUUUUAUGCAAGGGCAAAAUCUUUGUAUCUGGGGGAAAAAACAACUUUUUUAAAUUAAAAAGAAAAAAAAGAUAUUGAGGUCUUCCUAGUGUUACUUAAAAUAAGAUCAAGGUAAGAAACAUUGUAAAAAAUUACAAAAGUGCUAUUUGUUUCCUAAACAAGUGAUUUCUAUUAAAAAGGUGUCAGAACUGGAGAAAAUGCUGUCUACUUAGACUUUUUUAACAGAUUUUGCUUAUGGUUUUAACCAUUCUGCUGUUCUCCUGUUUGAAAACUUCUUGGUAUGUGUUUCUGGAAAUUGUCAUAUCGAACCUGUAUGAAAGCUACAAACCUUUUUUAAGCUGGGGGGCCACUGUUUUGAUUUCCUUCUUUCUUAUCUUGUGUGCUUAAAGCACAGAGAAAAACAUCAUCAGCAUUAUUAACUCCUUUUAUUCUAUAGCAAUACAAUGCCAAAAAGUAAUGAGCAAAUGGGCCUGAAGGAGUUGAGAUUUGCUUCUGGGUAGCACAGCUUGUCUAUCUUCUGCUGCAAAUAGUCAUAGUUGUUUCCAUACUGUAAAAUUCUGACAGUGGGCAUCCCAUGGGUGUGAAGUAGUCAGUUUAUGUAUUUGAAUAUAGCCAGUCAACAUUUUCAAAUUACUCCAAUUGGUGAUAGCUGUAGUAAACCAUGGCAGAGUUGACUUCAGCCUCAUCAAACCAUGCAUAAGUAGAUCUCUUCAUUGAGCCCCUCUAGGGAUGGUAAUUGCAUGCUUUCAUUGGUCUAUGUUUAAGAACUAUGCAUUUAUAAGCACUUUAGUUGUAUACUCAUUUGAACUUUCUUCAUACCACAUCUGUAUUAUCAAGCCAGUUGUUUUACUUUCUCUUUACAACCAUUUUUGUCUUGACAGGGAUUUCUCAAGCUCCAAGAUUUAUUUGGUUUUGUUUACUAUUUUUGAAGUUCUAUAUAUCUGGUAUCUUAUUUCAUGCUAUCAGUGAAAUGUAAGAAUGAUUCUUGUUUAACAGCUCUGGAAGUCAAGUCUUACCAUAAAUUGUUGAUAUUCUGUAGUGAAGCUGUGUGUCUUAAGAACCAGGUAGCAUUAGUUAAGUAGAACCAGAAGGUAGCCUGAACACUGCUGUGUUUUUCCUCAUCACAGCAGCACACAGAGAAAAAUAAGGGCUCAGAACAUACUGUCACCUAUCAAGUCAGAUGCAGCCCACUAAAUGUGAAAGAAUACAGGUGCUGCUGCCUGGCAGGGAAUGUUAAAAGCCAUGUGGGGUGGCAAGCAUUGGGUUUGAUGAGUCAUAAGAUGUGGAGGCCUACAUCAAGGUCCCCUUAAGGGCAAGGGGGUAAAACACAUAAGAUCUCACACUUUGGACCAUAAGUAAUGGCCAUCCUUCAAUUACAGAAAGAAACUACUUGUACUCUGGAGAAUGAAUCAUUUGUAUUGCUCACAGAGGGAGGGAGGUUAAUGGAAUUUCUCGAUACCAACCAUUCCAGUGAGCCAUCCCUUCUUUCCCUGUAUCAUGGUGUUCCUUUCUCUCGCAGGAGCAGUUUCAUUCAGGAUGGCCCAAGUGUUUGUGAAUCCAGGGAAUGGGCCUUAUGACCUCUUAGAGCUUAUUAAAUUGACCUGGCUGCAAAACUUUACCUGGAGUUUAUAUUAAGAAAAGUAAUAUAAUCUUAUUGGUUUCAUUCUCCCUUCCAAAUAAAAAGGGCUGAGGUGUACUAGGGAUACAGUUUGUUGAGGCACUUUCUCACGUGCUGAAAAACCAGCUUUGGAAUCUUUCCUUAUCAUCUGAGGCAAUUUCUCUCCUUUGCCUUUGGCCUCCUGUGUCUAGUAGCGUCAGUAAUAAAACUCUGCCUGUAGAGUGCAGCAGCCAUCCAGCAUGUUAGAAUGUGAAAUAGUUAAGGCAAGCAUGGCUGUAUAAUGCCCAACCUAAUAUUUUACAAUUUUUUCAAUAAUUGUUGCAACCUCUCUAUAUUCAUUUGUCCGUGCUUCUGUUGAGGAAUCCUUCUUGGCAAGAGGUAAGGGGAAAUGGUAAGAAGGGGGACAACCAGUGGAUAGCCUAAUCCCAUUUGUCUUGGUUUCAUAUAGAGGGAAAUUUUUGCUGGAUUUGAUUUAUGGUAUGCAGGGCAAAGGAAAGAAUAAAUGCAGUCAGUUCUUUUAUACUCUAGAGGUGGAUACAUACAUUGUUUGUUGACUAGGAAAGCCCGAGUGUAUAAAACACUGUAGUUGGCAUCUGGGUUUCUAUUUUUUCACCUUGAGAGUUGUACUCAAAAUGUAAAGGAGCUACAGAGCAUUUGUGAAUAAGAGUAAUAAGAUAAAAUUUGCCCUGUUCAAUAAUGGAUUGUCAUUGCAGAUGAUUUUCUUAGUUAGAAUCACCCGUGCCUCACUAAGUGCAGAAUAGUAUUUGCAAAAUUACUGGGUUCAUUCGUCAGUGGAGGAACCUGCCAGAGAAAUACCUUUAGUGCUGUGAAACAUCGAUGCUUUGUGCUUCAGGGUUGAAUCUUGUUGGCUAGUUGCUUUUACUCGGUCACUUUGUCAUUGUCGUUUCUUACUCCUCUUGAUGUUUUGUAUUGACUUCUGUACGAGAUUGAAGUCCCAUAUAUACAGGUUGCUGGGGAUGUGAAUCUUGGACCGGGUUGCACAUAUUUUACCAUGUGACAAGCAGCUUUAAUUUAAUGCUCCCCAAUGUAAAGACUGAAAAAUGCAUUGGGUGAACUUGUGUGGACCACUAGAUUUUCUCAGCACUCAGUUGUGAAAGUGUAGUGAGCAUUAGUUUAUUAUGUGCUGGCAAGUUGGCUUCAACUCAUGGCAAAAACGAAUUGAAUGGCCUUCAAGGGACACAGUUAUAAACAGCCCUGCUUAGGUCUUUCCAACUCAGGACCAUGGUUAUUUAGAUUGAGUUGAUCCACCUGCUUUCAAUUUUGCCAAAUACGAUCAUGUCAUGAGUGAUGUUAUCAUCUGUCAAAGUAUGGUGUAUAGAGAGAAUUCAGACUUGUUCUUGGAUUCAUUUAUUGGCUUCUGGGCUCUCGAUGGUAUCCAUACAUUGCUCCAGCACCACAUUUCAAAUGAAUUUCCUGUCCCCUUUCUUCAGUGUCUGGCUUUUUCCCACAUACAUAGAAACUGAAAAUACUAUAGCAUGGAUGAGCUUGAUUUUGGUUUUUAGUGAUAUUUCUUUGUUUUUAAGCAUCUUAUCAGUUCCCCCAUUGUUGCCCUUCCACGUUGUAAUCUUCUGAUUUCUUGACUAUAAUCAGAAGUGAGCCAAGAAUAUAGAAAAUCUUUAGCAAUAUCUUUAUCUCAAUCGUCCACCUUAAAAUCACAUGUUUGGUGGUCGUUUGUGUUUUCUUAAUAUGCAGCUGCAACACCUGCAUGUGCACUUUCUCCCUUAAUGUUCCAAAUCAUUGCUAUUCCUUGCAAGUAGUGCCGUGUCCUCUGAAAAUUUCUCACCUUUCUCGUUUUUUACAUCUCUUCCCUUACGAGUCUAGUGCUACUUUCUAUAUGAUAUGUGAUGCAUAUCAAUUAAACCAACAGGGUGCACCAUUGUCUGACUUCCUUGCCAAGUGGAAGCCAUUCUGUUUUCUAUAUUUUUGUCCUAUUGGUGGCCUCUUUUCCAGUUUAGUGGCAAUAAAAAUCCUUUAAGCAUUGCCAAUAUGUUAUAUUUUAGAAAGAUGCAUAUUAUGUGUUAGAAAGUUGUGGGUAUACAAGGGCCAGCUCUGUGGUGCCUACAGAUAAAUGCCAACAUCCUCUCCACUUUUAGCCCAGCACGGUAUAUCCUACAUUUACAUUUUCUGUUUUUAUUCUGCUUCUUAGAAAAUGUAAACCAGCUCUUUUUGCCGCCUUAGAAAGGGGCUGGGCAAUUUUUUAGUAUUUGACAACCAUUUUGUCCUCCUCUAGAACUUAAGUAUGUCAUCCUUUUCUGGUACUUUUAUGCAACGUAGCUUGCGGUUUUUCUGCAAAUCUCCUAAAUGACUCUUUUAAGGUAAAAAGGCCCCCCUUUAAACAAGAAGUGACUGUUUAUUAUUUGGGGGAGCAAAAAUAAAGUAGGGUUGGUGGUAAUGGAGUACUACACUAUGACCCGCAUGCAACCCUUGACAUUCCUAUAACUACCUUAUUCAUUCUUUCUUUGUUCAAGUUUAUGUUUUAAUAUAUGCCCUAUAUCAAUCUAAAGACUUGGGUUUGAAAAUCAUGUUCCUCCACCACAGUUACUUGCUUAACUCUCCACAGCAAAACUAGACCACAAAUAUAUAAGUAUAAGAAGAGACUCUCCUUCUUCAGUCAGGAUUAAGGUAUGCACAAAAUCUAGCUUUUAUUUUCCUAAGGUUUCUACCAAAAAACCCCCAAAACUAUGUGGGUAAAUCCCCGGGCUCUGCAAGUAAGGUUGCAAGUGAAAUACUAGGACAUGGAAUUGGAAGGGGUGUGCUAUGGUCUUACAGAUAUUUUGGGACUGAAACUCUGUCUCCCCAACCACUGGUGACACCUGGUCAGAAUCAGAGACCAGCAUCUGGAGGAUCACAGAUGCUGAUUCGCCAUUCCUGACCAUAACAUAACUGCAUCUCUACUUCCUGCCCUGUUUACCUACUUGCAGAAGAUUAAUGGAAAGUUUUUUAAGUUUCUGUUCUGUUAUGCAGGUGCUGGAAUAAUUAUUUGUGUUACCAAGAAUGGACUAGAGCGCAUUUCCCAGGCUGAGACUGGCAGUUUGUGCCUCUUGGCUACAGUUGUUUGCUUUCCUAUAAAUUCCCCAGGGACUAGCAGUUGACGGCUUGCGGCCACACUCCAUAGUCACCACUUCAAUUAGCACUAACAUAUACAGCGAACAUGGCACUUUAACUGCUGCUUUGUGCAUCAAUCUUGGUAGCAUUUGCAAAUGGUUGUAUUUUAAUUACUAUUACACCCCUACUUCAAUGACUGUUUUGGGAACAAGACUAGCACUGACACCAACAUUUAUCAUUUCAGCCAUCCCUAGCCUCUCUUUGAAAUUUAGAUGGAAGACCCUUACAUCGUGCUGAUCCUUCCUUAUACAAUAGUAAGAUCCAUAUCAUUGUUCCACUCCGUUCAACUGGUUUACACUAUACCUACAUAUCACAUCAACUGAAGGAGCCUAGUUCCAAGAAAUGUCCUCCCGCAAGGAUCAAACUCAGUUUUCUAGUUACUGCUGGUUUUUGUCCCACGGUUUAGAUUGAAAGAAGCAAGAGUUGGUUGAGUUUAACCCUUUACAUAACACACCACAAAUGCUACUUUAUAUUAUGAACAACAAGCUAGUGGGAAUCAAUCAAGAUUAAGAAUUCACCAUCAUAGGUAUUAUUACAUUUGGAAACGUAUCAGUUUGAUCAUAAAAUGACCUAUCAAAUGCUGAAUACUCUUCAUGCCUCACUCAUGCUGUCAAGUGCAAACUACAGUGUGUUUUCGAUGUUAUAUUCAUUUGUCACCUAUUUUGUAGUUCCAUUCCAUUUUGCAGCAGCAGCAGAAACUGCUGUGGAUGACUUAGUAACUACCCAUUCUGUGUUUAACAGCAGGUGUCAUUCAUAAUAGUAAAAUUGGACUCCUCAGAGUAAAUUGGGCAUGUGUAAAGACUAUUGCCCAAACAAUCUCACCGCCUUUGUUUUUUGGGGCAAACGUGUAUUGAUGUACUGAGUCACAGACCCACGCCCGCCCUCAACUCUUCCUCUCCUGAUGUUUGUAUUAGACAAAGUCAACUACAGUUAGUUACACUGUCUCUGCAUCCUGAAUUCUGUAUAAUUUGAAAAGCCUUCUUUAAAUGAAUUGGGUAUAACAUGACUUCCACAGAUGGACAUCCUGUGAAUGGUAUGUGGAUGCAUGUCUUUGAACAUUUGGCUAGGCAGGAUAUUUUUUUGUUGUUGUUAAAGGUUUUUUUUUAAAUAAUAGCCUGGUGCUCAUAGUGAUUUUUCAGUCUCUUUGCUGCCUUCUUUCUGUAGCCUUCCAGUCCCUUGUGGGUUUGGUACAUUGUGUUUAGAUUUAGUCUAUUAAAGUGGGGAGAAAAAAAGGGGGUGGGGACACCACAAUAAAUGAUCAAUUUGUAUUUAUUUAACAUUUUACUAAAUAAAACAAUAAAAUCUCUU